UCGCUCUUGCAUCUUAUUUAUACAACCCUCUUAUCUCUACUCUCCUCAUGCUACACUCCCUGAGUCUCUUUCAUUAUUUUCUAUAUUCAGGUUUUUUAUUUCUUGAAUCAUGGCUAGUGCAGGACCUGCACUGAAAGAUGAGCUAGAUAUCGUGAUCCCGACAAUCCGAAACUUGGAUUUCUUGGAGAUGUGGAGGCCUUUCUUUCAGCCUUACCAUCUCAUUAUUGUGCAGGAUGGUGAUCCCUCCAAGACCAUCAAAGUGCCUGAUGGUUUUCAGUAUGAUCUGUAUAAUCGUAACGACAUUAACAAGCUUCUUGGGCCUAAGGCUUCUUGCAUUUCCUUUAAGGACUCUGCUUGUCGUUGUUUCGGGUACAUGGUUUCCAAGAAGAAGUACAUUUACACCAUUGAUGAUGACUGCUUUGUUGCUAAAAAUCCAUCUGGCCAAGAUAUUAAUGCACUGGAGCAGCACAUCAAGAAUCUGCUCUGCCCAUCUGCGCCCUACUUUUUCAACACCUUGUAUGAUCCCUAUGCCGAGGGUGCUGAUUUUGUCCGCGGAUACCCUUUCAGCCUUAGGGAGGGUGUUCCAACUGCGGUUUCUCAUGGACUCUGGCUCAACAUUCCGGAUUAUGAUGCACCUACACAGCUCGUGAAGCCUGCUGAGAGGAACAAGAGGUAUGUGGACGCAGUUAUGACAAUACCAAAGGGCACCUUGUUUCCCAUGUGUGGCAUGAACUUGGCGUUUGAUCGCGAUCUCAUCGGUCCUGCUAUGUACUUUGGUCUUAUGGGAGAAGGCCAGCCUAUUGGACGUUAUGACGAUAUGUGGGCUGGUUGGUGUGUCAAGGUGAUUUGUGACCAUUUGGGGCUGGGAGUGAAGACGGGGCUUCCUUACAUCUGGCACAGCAAAGCGAGCAAUCCUUUCGUGAACUUGAAAAAGGAGUACAAGGGCAUCUUCUGGCAAGAAGAGAUCAUCCCAUUUUUCCAAACAGCCAUUCUACCAAAGGAGUGCACCACUGUUCAAGCUUGCUACAUUGAACUGUCCAAACAAGUGAAGGAAAAGCUUGGCAAGAUAGACCCGUACUUCACCAAGUUAGGCGAUGCCAUGGUCACGUGGAUCGAGGCCUGGGAUGAACUCAACCCUGGAAAAGAUGCAGGCAAGGGCAAGGGCAAGUGAAGAACUAGAUAAAGAUGAGCAUGACAGUCUUUCUAGGCGCGCAUCAGAAGAGCUUUACCAUGUUAUAUCAUGAUCAGCCAAGGGUCUUUAGAAGUUUAUAUAGUUUAUCUUGGUCGUGUUUGAUCGGUGCUUAUGCAUUUACAAAAUGAUCAAUUCGAUGUAUUACUUUCUGUAUCUUGUUAUUCUCGACAUAGAAGAAUAAACUCAUGGUGGAUUGACAUUUUAUCGAAACUAUAACAUUUCUAGCUC